AUGGUGGACGUGAGAGCUCAAGACACAAUCACGACCGUCAAAGCAUACAUCGAGGCCAAAGAAAACAUCCCUCCAAACCAGUACACUUUGUUUCACGAUGGAAAGGCGCUGGAAGAGGAUAAAACCUUAGCGUUUCUCGAGAUCAAUUCGACGCUGCUUCUUCACAUGAUCUGUAAUCCCAAGGAAACCUUGAAGGUCUCAGUGAAAACGUUAACCGGAGAAAUCGUGGAGACACAGCUUAGGAUGUUGUACACCAUUCUGGACGUGAAAGGCGUGGUUGAGAGCAAAGUUGGGUACCCAGUGAAGGUUCUUGGAUAUAGAGGAAAGCUGCUGGAGGAUUCAGAGACUGUGUCAUAUUAUAACAUCGAGGAUGGGUCCAUCUUGGAGAUCCUGCCACGAGCUACUCAGAUAAUCAUCAAACGGAUUGGGGAAAGCACAUGCUUUGAAGUGUUCCUAUGGGGAUCUGUUAAAAAUCUGAAAGAAGCGAUCUGA